AUGAUGAGGACUGUGGUGACGCCUUGGCAGACCGCCCUAUUCUCCCGAUUAAAUGGCCGUAAUAGCCCUCCCUCUCCUCUCAUCUUACACUUUCGCCAUUCCUCCACCUCCUUCUCCUCUCCAAAAACUCCUCGUUUAUCCAUGGCUGCUGCCGCUCAGUCAACUACUCAGAGUGUUUCAGCUGGAGAUGAUGCCAAUGUAUUUCAGUUGAUUCAAUCUCAUCAGGAAAAGGCUGCUCGGCUUCCUCCUGUUGAGGAAAUCAGAACUCUACUUGAUCUUAGUGUUCGUGGAACCCUCUCUACUUUUUCACAGAAGCAUGAAGGUUAUCCAUCAGGAUCAAUGGUUGACUUUGCAUGUGAUGCUGAUGGAUCUCCAAUAUUAGCUGUUAGCAGCUUGGCAGUUCAUACAAAGGACCUAACGCUUAAUCCCAAGUGCUCAUUGCUUGUGGCUAGAGAUCCUGAAGAUAGGACUGAUUUGGUGGUCACUCUGCAUGGUGAUGCUAUUCCUGUUCCAGAGAAGGAUCAAGCAGCCAUACGUACUGCAUAUUUGGCUAGGCAUCCCAAGGCAUUUUGGGUUGACUUUGGUGACUUCCAAUUCAUACGCAUCGAGCCAAAAGUUGUGCGAUACGUUUCAGGGGUUGCAACAGCUUUACUGGGAUCAGGAGAGUUCAGUAAUGAGGAGUAUAAAGCUGCAAAAGUUGAUCCAAUUGCUCAAUUUCAAAGCCUGUUGCAGGAUCAUGCUGAAGAUACGAAGGCCAUUGUGCAACACUCCACAUCGAUUCCGGUGGACUUUGCCUACAUUUUGGAUUUGGAUAGCCUUGGUUUUAAUGUUAAGGCUGGUUAUCAAGGUGAAAAUUUCAAGCUUCGCAUACCUUUUACUAGACGUGCAGAGGAUCGAAAGGAUGUGAAGACUCUAAUAGUGGAUAUGCUUCAUGCUGCGAAGCCUCAAGGAUGUUUCAGCACCUCAGAACUGCCUUCUCUGAGGAUGGUGAAAUCUGGACUUGGAAGAGGUGAAUCGAGAUAA